CUGUAGGAAUCAUUUGGAAAUUAUCACGAAACGCAUUCACAUGAAUUUCAGACACAUUUUUAAAAAUUAACUGCAGAAUGGAUGUGACAAGCAACAGCGAAAGUACUUCUCGGCCAUUUACGAAUAAACCAGUUAAUUCGCAAGGCAAUAAACUUAUAUCAAUGGGUCGCUGGGUCAGCGUAUACAAUGAUAUGCAUGGACUAAUAAGACGAUCAAUAAUGCCGCGUUAUGGUAGGGUCGCCGUUGAAGACAAAGGUCAAAUAUUGCUGGAGCCUCUGCUAUACCAACUAACCGGACGUCAGGAUUUUAAUCGUAUGAUAUUUUUGUUGGCCCCUUCGUCAAAGCAAAACUUUCACCGCAAACUACACUGCUUCGAGCGGGAUACAUACAAGCAUUUGGGCAGUACAUGCAUAACCUUGAAGGAAUUGGAGCUACUGCAGCAGUUCGAGAUGCUAUUCAAAUACGAAUUGGUCUACACAGAUGAAUACUUGCACGUCAAGUCUCUAGCCUGUGACAGUUCAAUCAUCGAGCAGCUCGUACAGAGCCGCAGAACAGCUCUACUUAACGAAAGCGAACCAGAUCCACAGCCGAAGAUAAAAUCAUUGCGUCAACCAAAGAUUCCUGUCCGCUUGCGUGUAUCGGACGUUAAGAGAAUCCAAAAAAUCGAAAGCGGUGAUACUGGCGAGCCAGUCUGGAAGCUUUAAGCCUAAAAUAUCCCAAGCUGUACUAUUUAAAAAUGUUUCUAUUUCU